AUGGUUCGAUCUACUGGCCUUCUAGCUGGUGCUUGUCUAUUGCAAGGUGUCUAUGGAGCCAGCCUGACACAUGCGCCGAGUACCACUGCCAGCACGGCAUACUCUCAGUUUACCGUCCCUGCUGCAGCUGACGUAGGGGCUAAUCUGAUUGCCAACAUCGAUGACCCUGAGGCUAUCGAUGCGCAGGCUGCUUGUCCUGGCUAUAAAGCAACCGAUGUUCAUCAUGAUGCCAGUGGGCUCACGGCUACCUUGAAGCUGGCUGGUGACCCAUGCAAUGCAUAUGGAACUGACGUGGACUCGUUGGAUCUUUCGAUCAAGUACCUUGCGACAGAUCGGCUAAGCGUUGAGAUCACGCCGACGUAUAUGGAUUCUUCGAACUCGUCAUGGUUCCUGCUUCCCGAGGACCUUGUGCCUCGGGCCAAGGCCGACAAACACGCAUCUAAAGCACAGAGUGACUUCGAGAUCUCAUGGACUAAUAAUCCGUCUUUCGGCUUCAAAGUGAUUCGCAAGUCCAAUAAGGAUGUCAUCUUCGAUACUACCGGCACUGUGUUAGUUUUUGAGAACCAGUUCAUUGAGUUUGUUACUGCUCUACCUAAGGACUACAAUCUUUACGGAAUUGGCGAGCAUAUCCAGCAAUUGCGUCUUCUGCAGAACAAGACGCUCACCCUUUACGCAUCGGACAGUGCGGACCCAAUCGAUGACAACAUCUAUGGAUCUCAUCCAUUUUACCUUGACACUCGCUACUUCGAGGUCGAUGGAAAGGGUCGUCACACUCUGGUUUCAAGUGACCACGCCGAUCAUUCCAAAGAUUAUGUUUCCUAUUCGCACGGUGUCUUCAUGAGAAAUGCACACGGCCAGGAAGUCCUUACCCGCCCUCAAAGCCUUGUUUGGCGUGCUCUCGGCGGCAGCAUCGACUUGACUUUCUACUCUGGACCGACUCAAGUCGAUGUCACGAGAGAUUACCAGAUCAGUACCAUUGGUCUUCCGGCAAUGCAGCAGUACUUCUCAUUUGGCUUCCAUCAGUGUCGCUGGGGAUACCAGAACUGGUCCGUAAUGGAUUCAGUCUUGUCUGCCUUUGAGAAAUUCGAAAUCCCUGUAGAGACUCUCUGGAAUGAUAUUGAUUACAUGAAGUCUUACCGCGAUUUCGACAACGACCCAGACCGCUUUGGAUAUCCCGAGGGCGAAAAGUUUCUGCAGAAGCUUCACGAUGGUGGUCGCCACUAUGUCCCCAUCGUCGAUUCGGCUCUUUACAUCCCGAAUCCUAACAAUGCAUCCGACGCCUACGAACCGUAUACCCGUGGAGCUAAGGAUGGCGUCUUCAUGAAUAACCCUGAUGGAAGCACCUAUAUCGGUGCUGUCUGGCCUGGGUACACAGUUUUCCCUGAUUGGCACAAUCCCAAGGCCCGUACCUUCUGGGCAAAUGAGCUCGUUACCUGGCACAAGAAGAUUUCUUUCGACGGAAUCUGGAUCGAUAUGAGCGAGGUGUCAUCUUUCUGUGUCGGAAGCUGUGGAAGCCACAACCUCAGCUUGAACCCUGUUCACCCUUCGUUCUCACUUCCCGGAGAAGCGGGGAAUAUUGUUUACGACUAUCCCGAGUGGUUCAAUGUCACAAAUGCGACCGAGGCAGCAUCUGCAUCAGCAGGAUCAUCGAGCCAAGCUGCAGCUGCAAGCACCGCUGGAUCUGCGUCAACCACGACGGUGUCUUAUCUCCGAACUUCUCCUACUCCAGGCCAGCGCGACAUCAACUACCCUCCUUACGUUAUCAACCACGAUCAGACUGGUCACGACCUGGCUGUUCACGCUGUGUCGCCUAAUGCCACGCAUAUUGAUGGCGUACAGGAAUACGACGUGCACAACCUUUGGGGCUACCAAAUCCUAAAUGCCACUUAUCAUGGUCUGCGCGCGGUUGACUCGGUGAAGCGCCCAUUCAUCAUCGGUCGCUCAACUUUCGCAGGAGCAGGCAAAUGGGCAGGCCACUGGGGUGGCGACAACUACUCCAAGUGGGCAUACAUGUUCUUUUCGAUCCCGCAGGCGCUAUCAUUUUCGCUCUUUGGAAUCCCCAUGUUUGGCGUUGAUACCUGUGGUUUCAAUGGGAACAGUGAUGAGGAGCUUUGCAACCGAUGGAUGCAGCUUUCGGCGUUCUUCCCCUUCUACCGGAACCACAAUGAGCUCUCAGCUAUCAGCCAGGAGCCCUACCAAUGGGCCUCCGUCAUUGAUGCUUCCAAGUCGGCUAUGAAGAUUCGUUAUGCCAUUCUUCCCUAUUUCUACACACUCUUCCACCUCGCUCAUACCACUGGUUCGACCGUCAUGCGGGCCCUACCUUGGGAGUUCCCCAAUGAUCCCUCGCUGGCUAAUGUCAAUACCCAGUUCCUGCUCGGUCCCUCCAUUAUGGUCAUCCCCGUUCUAGAGCCCCAGGUCGACUACGUCCGUGGAGUUUUCCCCGGUGUGAAGGAGGGCGAGAUCUGGUACGACUGGUACAACCAGACUGCAGUCAACGCUCAGCCAGGAGUCAAUACCACUAUCUCCGCUCCAUUGGGUCACAUUCCCGUGUACCUUCGCGGCGGCUACGUCAUCCCCAUGCAGGAACCGGCAUUGACUACUCGCGACGCUCGCAACUCUCCAUGGUCCCUUAUGGUUUCUCUCGAUGGAGCCCAAUCUGCUACAGGCCAGCUAUACCUCGAUGACGGAGAAAGCGUAGCGCCUAAUGCCACACGCACUGUGAAGUUCACAGCUAACCAAUCGAGUAUCUCUGCUAUCUCAAGAGGAAGCUUCCAAGACACAAACAAGCUUGCCAACAUCACAAUUUUGGGCUUGAAGCUUCCUCACGCGGACGCGAGUAAGGGUCUGAAAUCUUUGACGUUGAAUGGCAAGCCGCUUCCAUCGACAGUUGCCAGCUACAAUACUGAUUUGCAUAUUCUGUCUAUCACUGGCCUGCAAGACUGGCUUAAGGGUGGAGCUUGGGAACAGAACUGGGUGUUAAAAUGGUAG